CAGACCGGCCUUUAGAUGUUUCUUGCAAUUGCCAUGGCGCCGUUCAGUUUGAACGCGAUGGCGCUCACGGCCACGGAGGACUGGGUCCGCAAGCGGCUGCAGCUCGCGCACGACAACCUCGGUGAUGUGCGUUCACUGUCGCUGCCUGGCACGUACAGCGAGAAGGUGGCCCACUUAGGUAGCUCGCUCAAGAACUUCACUCGGCUCAAGUCUCUGGAUCUCUCCAGAAACUCUCUCGUGAGCUUGCAGGGCCUGGAACACCUGACAUUGCUGGAGAAGCUCAACCUCUACUACAACAGCGUGGCCAACAAGCAGGAGCUGCUGCGGCUGCGUGCCAUGUCUGGCCUGCGCGAGCUUGACCUGCGGCUGAAUCCUGUGGCAGCAGCGGAGCCAGACUACCGCUUGCUGCUGGUCCACAUGCUGCCCAACCUGCGCCGGUUGGAUGACAGGCCCGUACGAGACAGCGAGCGGAAGGCGGCACUGAUGCACUACAGCAGCGAUCAAGCGUACGAGUUCCGGGAUCCUGACCCACCAGCAGCUAAAGAACCUGAAAAGCCCUUGCAGCCGAGAGCGGCGUAUGUGAGCUCAAUGUCACGACCACGCUCCCUGCUGGAUGCCGACGACGAACGUGUCCUCAACUUGAUUUCGCAGCCGGGAUUCACGCUCGGCAGCAAGGAGCCCUCCGUCGAGCUGCACUCCCUGGAGAGCAUACGGGAAAUGGACAGGGUGACUUCUGGAGACAAACUCGGCAUGUCUCGCUCUACUCAAGAGGAAAGCAAAGCCAAGGACCCAUUCCUGCAAAUCCAGAAUUGCUCAACCCAGUCCAUCGAAAUCCCCAAGACAAGCUCAGGAUUUCGAAGUGGAACUGGGAGCAAGGUUUAUACUGAUUCCACGAUCUAUGAAGGAGGGGCACUGAAGGCGUCUCCGCCAAGGUCGGCGCUGCGCUCGCCAGGGAGGGAGGGCAGCGCCCCUGGCCGUCCCCGCGAUGGCCACGUGCGCGUCACCUUCGCUGACGAGGCUCCCCGUGACCUCACGGCGUCUGACCCCAACCUGCGCUUCCAGGACGAGGCCGAGGCGUACCACGUGAUUAGUGGGCGCGCCAACUUCACGCCACACCCUGCAGGGGGCAUGCACAGCAUUUCCUGCGACAGCAAUACUGGGAAAGGUCCCCCCUCCAGCAGAAGUGAAAAUGAAGCCAUUCACAAGCGCUGGAGCAGCCUGGACCAGCUGUCCAAGUCGUCACCGAGCCAGAGGACCUUGCAUGAAAAAGUGGCAGAUGUGGAUUGCACACUGGUUCCCCCGCCAUUGGAACAAUUGCUGGAUCUGGUCGACAAGCACUGGAAUGGUUCCAGAUCGCUGCACGUCAAUGAUCGCUUCCUAGUUCCCGCUCGGCAGAUCCUGAACGCCGUCAGCGGUGGAGUGUCGAUGUUGAGUCAGCUGCGUGAGCUUCAAGAACUCCGUGAUCGGAUCUCGGAUCUGACCCGUGAAAGAGAGGCCCUGGCCCGAGAGAACGCCGCGCUAAAUCGGGACCACUCCGCCACGCGGGACCAGAUGGUGCAGUUGCAGGCACAGGCCCUCAGACAAACUGCUGAAAGCCAGGAACUUUUGAAAAUCAAGGACCAUCUCGCAAGUGCACUAAAAGACGGUGCGGAGACGCGGUCGAAGCUGACGCAGCUCACAGAGGAGAGCCACCUGCUGCGGGAGAAAGCUACCCGGCUGCAGCGAGAGGCGGCGGCACGAAGCGGAAGCGGCCAUGCGGACACGACGCAGCGCGCGGCAGGUGAACUCCAGCAGGAAAACCAGAAGCUGGUCACCGAGAUGAAGAAUAUGCGGCACCAGCUUCAGCAACUCAGUCAGGUUCACGAGCUCGUCACAAUGUUGCAAGAGAGUCACAAGUCGUUGGUGAUGACGAACGAGCACCUCCUGCGCGAGCUGGGCAAUGCACGGGAGCGUCACGGAACCAGACGAUUCCCGCCCGCGCUGGAGUGAAGAUGGUGCAGCCGCCGCCACCGCGAAACGGCGAGUUCACAGAGCCAAGAGUCCGGUUCGCGUAA